GUGGGGAAGGCAGGAGGCGGCGAUCCCGGCGGAGGGGGCCGUUCGCCAGCUCCGAGGCAGAAAGUGCCACGACUCCACACGCGCGCACGCAGCCAGCGAGCGGCCGGAGCGGACGGCGGACGGGGCGGACGGCGUCGGGGUCGCGGUGCCUGCAGCUGCUUGGGGGCGGCUUCUCGGCGGAGGCUCAGCGGGCUUCUCUCCCGGUUCCGCGGCGGCGGCGGCUCCUGCCCUUUCGCUCUCCCUCCCGCGUCUCCGGCUGCAGGUGAAAGGAAAGCAAGCCAGGAUGGAUAUUUACGACACUCAGACCUUGGGGGUUGUGGUCUUUGGUGGAUUCAUGGUCGUUUCUGCCAUCGGCAUCUUCCUGGUGUCCACCUUCUCCAUGAAGGAAACGUCAUAUGAAGAAGCCCUAGCCAACCAGCGCAAGGAGAUGGCGAAAACGCACCACCAGAAAGUGGAGAAGAAAAAGAAGGAGAAAACAGUGGAGAAGAAAGGAAAGACCAAGAAAAAGGAAGAGAAACCCAAUGGGAAGAUACCUGACCAUGAGCCAGCCCCCAACGUGACCAUCCUUCUCAAAGAUCCUGUGCGGGCACCUGCAGUGGCCGUGGCUCCAACCCCAGUCCAGCCCCCCGUGGUCAUUGCCCCUGUAGCCCCAGUACCAGCUGUGCCCCAAGAGAAGCUGGCCUCCUCCCCUAAGGACAAAAAGAAAAAGGAGAAAAAAGUGGCAAAGGUGGAACCAGCAGUUAGUUCUGUAGUGAAUUCUAUCCAAGUUCUUACCUCCAAGGCUGCCAUCUUGGAAACUGCUCCCAAAGAGGUGCCUAUGGUGGUUGUGCCCCCAGUGGGUGCCAAGGCCAGUACCCCAGCCACUGGCACUGCACAGGGCAAAAAGGCAGAGGGAGCCCAGAACCAGAACAAAAAGGCAGAGGGAGUCCAGAACCAAAACAAAAAGGCAGAGGGACCCCCCAACCAGGGCAAAAAAGCAGAGGGGGCUCCCAACCAGGGCAAAAAGGCAGAGGGAGCCCAGAAUCAGGGCAAAAAGGUAGAAGUGGUCCCGAACCAGGGCAAAAAGGCAGAAGGGGCCCAGAAUCAGGGCAAAAAGGCAGAAGGGACCCAGAAUCAGGGCAAAAAGGCAGAAGGGGCCCAGAAUCAGAGCAAAAAGGCAGAAGGGGCCCAGAAUCAGAGUAAAAAGGGAGAAGGAACCCCAAACCAAGGCAAAAAGACAGAAGCGGUCCCCAACCAGGGCAAAAAGACAGACGGGGCCCCCAACCAGGGCAAAAAGGCAGAGGGAGCUUCCAACCAGGGCAAAAAAGUAGAAGGGACCCAUAAUCAGGGCAAAAAGGCAGAGGGGGCCCAGAAUCAGGGCAAAAAAGCAGAGGGGGCCUCCAACCAGGGUAAAAAAGAGGAGGGGACCCCAAACCAGAGUAAAAAGGCAGAUGGGAGCCCCAAUCAGGGGAAAAAGGUGGAAGUGGUUCAGAACCAGAGCAAAAAGUUAGAGGGGACCCCCAACCAGGGCAAAAAGGCAGAGGGGGCCCAGAACCAGGGCAAAAAAGUAGAGGGGGCCCAGAACCAGGGCAAAAAGGCAGAGGGGGCCCAGAACCAGGGCAAAAAGGUGGAGGGAGCCCCCAACCAGGGCAAAAAGGAGGGAACCCCAAACCAGGGUAAAAAGGCUGAGGGUGCCCCCAACCAGGGCAAAAAGACAGAGGGGACCCCCAACCAGGGCAAAAAAGCCGAGGGGGCUCCCAACCAGGGCAAAAAGGCAGAGGGGGCUCCCAACCAGGGCAAAAAGGCUGAGGGGGCCCAGAAUCAGGGCAAAAAGGCAGAGGGGGCCCAGAAUCAGGGUAAAAAGGCAGAUUCAGUUGCUAGUCAGGGCACAAAGGCAGAGGCUGUUGCAAGCCAGGGGAAAAAAGCAGAGGGGGCCCCCAAUCAAGGCAAAAAGGCAGAGGGAACCCUGACCCAGGGCAAAAAGUCAGAAGGGUCCCCCAACCAGGGCAAAAAGGUGGAUACAUCUGCCAAUCAGGGUAAAAGGACAGAGUCAGCUCCUAUCCAAGGCAAAAAUGCAGAUAUGGUCCAGAGCCAAGAGGCACCAAAGCAAGAGGCUUCUGCAAAGAAGAAGUCUGGCUCAAAGAAGAAAGGUGAGCCUGCGCCCCCGGACUCCGACAGCCCUCUCUACCUCCCUUACAAGACUCUGGUCUCCACGGUCGGAAGCAUGGUAUUCAACGAGGGUGAGGCCCAGCGGCUCAUUGAGAUCCUGUCCGAGAAGGCUGGAGUCAUCCAGGACACCUGGCAUAAGGCCACUCAGAAGGGCGACCCUGUGGCAAUUCUGAAACGCCAGCUGGAAGAGAAGGAAAAGCUGCUGGCCACAGAGCAGGAAGACGCAGCUGCCGCCAAGAGCAAACUGAGGGAGCUCAAUAAGGAGCUGGCAGCAGAAAAGGCUAAGGCAGCAGCCGGGGAGGCCAAGGUGAAGAAGCAGCUUGUGGCCCGGGAGCAGGAGAUCACAGCCGUGCAGGCGCGCAUGCAGGCCAGCUACCGGGAGCACGUCAAGGAAGUGCAGCAGCUACAGGGCAAGAUCCGGACUCUUCAGGAGCAACUGGAGAAUGGCCCCAACACACAGCUGGCCCGUCUGCAGCAAGAGAACUCCAUCCUGAGGGAUGCCUUGAACCAGGCCACGAGCCAGGUGGAGAGCAAGCAGAACGCGGAGCUGGCCAAGCUCCGGCAGGAGCUCAGCAAGGUCAGCAAGGAGUUGGUGGAGAAGUCAGAGGCCGCACGGCAGGAGGAACAGCAGCGGAAGGCUCUGGAGACCAAGGCGGCCGCCUUUGAGAAACAGGUCCUACAGCUGCAGGUGUCUCACAAGGAGAGUGAGGAGGCUCUGCAGAAGCGCCUGGAUGAGGUCAGCCGGGAACUGUGCCGCUCACAGACCAGCCACGCCAGCCUGCGGGUGGACGCCGAGAAGGCCCAGGAGCAGCAGCAGCAAAUGGCCGAGCUGCACAGCAAACUGCAGUCCUCCGAGGCGGAGAUGAAGAGCAAGUGUGAGGAGCUGAGUGGUCUCCACGGGCAGCUCAAGGAGGCCAGGGCCGAGAACUCGCAGCUCACCGAGAGAAUCCGGUCCAUCGAGGCCCUGCUGGAGGCGGGCCAGGCCCGAGACACCCAGGACGCCCAGGCCAGCCAAGUGGAGCAGCAGGCCCACCUCAAGGAGCUGGAGUCCCAGGUGCGGUGUCUGGAGAAGGAGGCCACCGAGCUCAAGGAGGCAGUUGAGCAGCAGAAAGUGAAGAACAAUGACCUCCGAGAGAAGAACUGGAAGGCCAUGGAGGCUCUGGCCUUGGCGGAGAGAGCCUGUGAGGAGAAGCUGCGCUCCCUGACCCAGGCCAAGGAGGAAUUGGAGAGGCAGCUCAGCUUGACCGAGGCACAGACCAAGGAAGCCCUGCUCGCCCUGCUGCCAGCACUCUCUGGCUCGGCACACCAGAGUUACACCGAGUGGCUGCAGGAACUCCGAGAGAAGGGCCCCGAGCUGCUGAAGCUGCCGCCAGCUAGCACAGAGCCCUCCUCGGACCUGGCCUCCAAGCUGAGGGAGGCUGAGGAGACCCAGAACAGUCUGCAGGCUGAGUGUGACCAGUACCGCACCAUCCUGGCGGAGACGGAGGGCAUGCUCAAGGACCUACAGAGGAGCGUGGAGGAGGAGGAGCAGGUGUGGAAGGCCAAAGUGAGCGCCACGGAGGAGGAGCUCCAGAAGUCACGGGUCACAGUGACACAUCUCGAAGAGAUUGUAGAGAAGCUGAGAGGAGAACUUGAAAGUUCAGAUCAGGUGCGGGAACACACCUCACAUCUGGAAGCAGAGCUGGAGAAGCACAUGGCGGCCUCCAGCGCCGAGUGCCAGAGCUACGCCAAGGAGGUGGCAGGGUUGAGGCAACUUUUAUUAGAAUCUCAGUCUCAGCUGGAUGCAGCCAAGAGUGAAGCCCAGAAACAAAGCAAUGAGCUCGCCCUGGUCAGGCAGCAGCUGAGUGAGAUGCAGAGCCACGUAGAGGAUGGUGACGUAGCUGGGUCCCCGGCUGUCCCCCCUGAGGCCCCCCCAGCAGAGCAGGACCCUGUCGAGCUGAAGACGCAGCUGGAGCGGACGGAAGCCCUCCUGGAGGACGAGCAGGCACAACGGCAGAAGCUCACGGCCGAGUUUGAGGAGGCUCAGAGCUCGGCGUGUCGGCUGCAGGCAGAGCUGGAGAAGCUCCGCAGCAUGGGGCCCCUCGAGUCUUCAGAAGCAGAGGAGGCCACGCAGCUGAAGGAGAGACUAGAAAAAGAGAAGAAGUUAACCAGUGACCUGGGACGCGCUGCCACCAAAUUACAGGAGCUUUUAAAGACGACCCAGGAGCAACUGGCAAAGGAGAAAGACACGGUGAAGAAAUUGCAGGAGCAGCUGGACAGAACAGAGGACAGUAGCAGCUCAAAGGAGGGCACUUCUGUCUGAGUCUCCUCUGCGGGAAGAGAAGUUACUGUUCAACUUACCAAAAUGCCUUACACAUUCCUUACAGAUAAAUAAACCGACCAACAGCGUUAUCCAGGCCCAACUUCCAGUAGCUCUGAGAGAAGCCAUUAGAGACGAGAGUCUCUUAGAAUCACAGAAAUAGAUCUUCCAGACCCCUGUUUGUAAAAGAACCUUUGUCACGUUUGAUAAACACUAUUCCCCAGGACCAGGCCUGGACCACCACCGAGCAGUCGCCAAAGCCCUUAUCAGCUCCGUGACAGACCCCAGGGUGUGAGCUGGGGAGGCUGGGGCCUCUGGGGACCCGUGUGUCAAUCAGUGCAAUUGUUUUCUCUCACUGGGCUGGGGAGUGGGAGGCGGGCGGGGCCAGGUGAGGAGUCUCAAAGGCUGUGGGACAGACUGGAGGGUCACAGCCCGGCCCAGCGAGGCAGCAGCCCUCAGCCCUGGGAGAAGUUGCCAGCAAGAACGGAUGUAUGACCUCCGGAUGUUAAUGCCAUUAAAACCAACGUUGUCGCCCGGCA